AUGGCCAGUGCUCGCUCCUCCUACCUCCUCAGUGUGAUGUCUUUGAAGCCUGUUACAGUCCUUGCCUCAUUUUGCACCCAGACUGGUUGUGAUCACAGCCUCCUUCAUGAUGUGUCCACCUGGGGGACCCACUACUAUCCCAUUACUCCCCACUUCCCUAACCAGACUGCUGUCAGUCAAAUGGUGAUCACCAGCUCGGACCAUGAGACAUCAGUGGACAUCUUACUCACAGGGGAAGUGCUCUUUGAUGACAAUAUGUACCCCAGCGGUAGUGUGCUUAAGUUGCAUAUAGGGGUGCUGCAGAGUGUGUACCUCCAGAGCAACACCAGCCUCUCUGGCUCAGAGUUAAAUUCAGAAGUAGCUGUAGGUGUUGUGAUUGACGGGCAGAAGAGGAACCUGCCCCUGACCCUGGGAAAUGCGACCCUGAACUUUUACCCAAGUGGCUCCAGUGUUGUCUUGGACACUAACUUUGGCCUAGCGCUGCAGUACGACUGGAAGCACCACCUUCAGGUUGAAGUUGGUCCACAGCUGUAUGGAGCUGUGUGUGGCUUGUGCGGAAAUGCUAAACACAGCUCCUCAGAUGAUGUCAUUGCUUCUAAUGGCACUGAAGGAACCCAGACUGCGGAUUUUAAUCUGCCACCGGUGGUGAGCAGUGAUGCAGGCUCCUACAUUGACGAUUGCGGUGAUGGUGUCUCGUGUCCAGUGUGCAGCCAAAGCCGAACCAAAUCUUUUCCGGGUUCUAAAGGCAGCUCCUUCAGGAUUGCUUGCACUCUACUACAGAGAAGUGGUGGACUUUUUGCAGAAUGUCAUUCAUAUAUUGAUCCUGAGCCAUUUGUUAGCAGUUGUGUAAACAGCCUUCAUGUCAGCGGAGUUGACUCUUCUAUGUGCAAGAUCUUGACAGCCUAUGCCAACAUCUGUCAGAGGCUUGGGGCCAGAGUCCAAAACUGGAGAGCCAUUGCCAAGUGCCCUAUGGCAUGUCCUAUGAACAGCCACUACGAGAUCUGUGGUUCUGCCUGCCCUGCUACCUGUGGUAACCCAAUGUCCCAUCAUAAUUGCACGCUGCCCUGUGUGGAAUCAUGCCAAUGCAAUAAGGGUUAUCUACUGAGUGGUAGCGAGUGUGUACCACAUAGGAAAUGUGGUUGUCUCCACCGAGGUUCCUACUAUCUCCCCAAGGAGAACUUCUGGGUUGAUGAGCAGUGCCAGGAGAAAUGUGUGUGUCAGCCUAACUCCAAGACGGUUAUGUGUGCGCAGUCUCGUUGCCAGAAUGGGGAAGUGUGCAAGGUUCUGAAUGGAGUCUUGGGCUGUCACAUGGACGGGCCUGGGGUGUGCAUAGCCAAGGGAGAUCCUCACUAUACCACCUUCGAUGGGCGUAACUUUGAUGUUUAUGGCAACUGUAGUUACCUACUCACUUCUUACUGUCCCACCUGGGGAGACCUGGAAGACUUUAGUGUGGAGGUGCAGAACCAGAUGAAGGAUGCUACUGCUGUUUCCUUUCGCCGUAUUAAAAUGGUGGUGUCUGGUUAUUCCAUUGAGAUGUCAAACGACUGGAGUAACAGGGUAGAGGUAAAUGGUCUGCUACUGCAACUUCCCUCUGUUUUGAGUAAAGGCAAAGUAAAGCUCUACACGACUGGACUCUCAAAGUACAUAGAGACUGAUUUUGGCGUUGUUGUGACGUACAGCUCUGACGUCCUGACCGUCCAAAUGCCAAGGACCUUCUCUGGUAAUCUCUGUGGCCUGUGUGGGAACUUUAAUGCUAAUCCAGAAGACGAUCUGAUGCCUGAAGAUGAAUCUGAUAUCCUUCAAGCCAUUAGAUACUGGCAAACCAGCAAUGAAUAUCAAUGUGUGGAUGCACCCAUGAACACCUCAGAUUGCAAUUUGCAAGAUGUGGCUAUUUAUCAGGGAAAAAAUUUCUGCGGAAAGUUACUGGAUACAGAUGGAGUGUUCCAGAGCUGCCAUAAAACAGUUGAUCCACAAGAUUUCUAUGAUAACUGUGUUCAUGAUCUCUGUUACGGAGCAUUUAGUGGAUGCCACUCCUCUGUUGACCCAAAGCCCUUCUUUCAGAACUGUGUAAAUGACUUGUGUAUGUCUAAUGGGAAUGAAGAAUUGUUUUGUGAUAGUUUGAAAGAAUACACUUUUGUAUGUCAGGGCGCGGGAGCUGAAGUCAAACCAUGGAGGAGUGAAAAGUGCCCUAUGUCCUGCCCACUGAAUAGCCAUUAUGAGACCUGUGGCACAGCCUGUCCUGCCACCUGUGAGGACCCAUUCAUUUCAAGCCCCUGCUCCCUGGCUUGUGUGGAGACCUGCCAGUGCAACUCGGGGUUUGUCCGGGACGGUGACACCUGUGUCCCCUUGUCGCAGUGUGGCUGCGUUCACAACGGCUACAGUUACCACAGCAACCAGACGUUCUGGGCUGAUGAGAGAUGCACUGAAUGGUGUGUUUGUGACCCCCACACCCACCAGACACAAUGCCAUUUGGAUUCAUGUGGCCCUGAUGAAUACUGUGAUCUUCAAGAUGGAGUCACAAGCUGUGUGCUGCUCCCCCAGGAGACGUGCAUCUACACUGGACAUCGUGUGUUCACCUUUGACCACUACGCCUAUGAUUUGCAUGGCACCUGUCAGUACCAGUUACUGGGCAUAUGUGAACAGAAACAAGGACUUGAUGUCAUUCAGGUUCACGUACAGACAGAUGGACAGCUGGAGUCAGAACUUCAUGUCCUGAUCAAUGUGAGUGGUGUGCUUGUGGAGCUGAACAGCAAAAACACUGAGAACAUUGAGGUUGAUGGUGUCAAGAGGAGCAUGCCUUAUCACUUAAGCUCCACUGCACUAGCUUUCUCUUUGGGGCUGCACACUUUCAUCUACACAGACAUGGGCUUUGAAUUUACCGUCAGCACAGAGGGCAUAGUUAGUAUUAGUCUCUCCCAUAAAUAUGCUAAUACUACUUGUGGACUGUGUGGCAACUUGAACUCUGAUCCAGCUGAUGACCUCACAGCAAGUGGCACACAGGAGCAUCUCAGUCCUGAGUAUUUUGGAAAAGCUUGGCGAAGUGGGCGGAAUCCAUGGUGUGUGGAGGGCUGUCUAGGAGGAAGUUGUCCAAAAUGUUCACCUGAGCGUCUGGCCCGAUUCUCUGACCCGGAGGCUUGCGGAAAAAUUCUGGAAGUUAAUGGACCAUUCAGACACUGUCAUGGCAAAGUGGACCCCUCCAGCUUUUACAAGCACUGCGUCAGUGACCUGUGUCUUCAUGGAGGUCUCCAGCCUGCACUGUGUCACUCCCUGGCAGAUACCAGUUACAACACGAGUUCUGCCUCUGUUCACCUCUGCCUCGGCUGGCAGAAUAAAACGGUAGAGAUGCCUCUAAACACUUGGGAGAACUGCCUGUGUGAAGCGGGUUUAGUUCACAGUGGCAGCCUCUGUGUCUAUCCAGAAAACUGUGGCUGCUUACACCAUGGAGAGUACCUCAGGGCAGGACAGGAGGUGUCUACAUGCGAACAAAGCUGUUUAUGUCAUGCUGGGGGACACAUGACUUGUCAUAAUGUCUCCUGUGGAGAGGAUGAGGAGUGUAAGCUUAUUAGGGGUGUUCAAGGUUGCCAUACCAAACCCAAAGUGGCACACUGCUCUGUUGAUGGAUCCCACUACACCACGUUUGAUGGACAGGCAUUUGAAUUUCACGGUUCAUGUAACUACACUCUGGUGCAGACGUGCCCUCUCAAGAAAAUGGAUGUGGUGCCUGUUUUGAUUGCUGCACAGGGCAGCCACAGGGAGGGUAGGCAGAUCUACCUGCAAGUCAAUAAAAUGUAUUUGAAGACGUCAACAGCUUUUCCUGGAAAAAUUCAGGUAAAUGGAGUUUAUGAGAAUCUGCCAUUCUCCCAGAACAAUGUCACUGUACAUCAGAAAAAUGGAUGGAUAACCAUCAGGACCCUACAGUCACUUGAGCUUAUUUCAGACCUACGAAACCACAUUCAGGUCAAGAUUCCCAACAUUUACCACCAGACUACCUGCGGCCUUUGUGGAAACUACAAUAAUAAUCCUUUAGAUGACCUGCAGCUGCCCAAUGGCACCGUGAUCUCUGAUCUUGACAUCUUUGGACCAUCAUGGAAGUUAAGUGGUAUUGAAUCAUCAUGCAGCGACACAUGUGACAGCAGCUGUCAACUCUGUCAGUCCCCUGUGCCAGAGUACACCUCUGACCUGUACUGUGGCCUCCUCACACACCCAAGAGGACCAUUCUCCUCUUGUCACCAUUUAGUGUGCCCACAGAAAUACUAUUCACUCUGCAUGAAAAACCUUUGCAUUGCAAAGGGACAACGCUGGGCCCUCUGUGACGCCCUGUGGGCCUAUGAGGCAGCAUGUAAGGAAGCAGGAGGGAUGGCUAACCUCUGGACAAACACCACUGGCUGUGCUUAUCAAUGUCCUCAAUUCAGCCACUACAGCCAGUGUGCCAAUGCUUGCUCCUCAUUGUGUCCUGAGAUUAACCAGGCAGUGCAGUGCCCCAGAGACUGUGAGGAAGGUUGCCAAUGUGAUAGUGAACACCUUUAUGAUGGCCAUGCCUGUGUACCAGCAGAGCAGUGUGGCUGUGUACAGGACGGGAGGAGGUUUAUGGCCUCUGAGAGCAAACUUCUCCAAAACUGUACUGUUAACUGCACCUGUGGGCCUCCUCUUAUCUGUGAGCAAUACUCAUGUCCUCCACUGCACAGAUGUAUAGUUUUAGAUGGAAUCAUGACCUGCCACAAGGAUGAGCAAAUCCCAGAUCCAUGUGAGAGAAAAUGUGAUGAAACAGAGAAAUGUUCUCUGAGCAAUGGUGUGCCUGUCUGUAAGAGCCAUCAGGGUCUGUGUUGGACCUGGGGAAGGCAGCACUACCACACCUUCGACGGGCUCAGCUAUGACUUUGAGGGCACCUGUACCUACCUGCUCGCAGCCAGCAAAGGGCCAGCAUGUGGUCUGACACCAUUUAGUGUGUCCAAGAAGAAUGACUGCAAAGGCAGUAGAGCUGCAUCCUCCACACAGGUGGUGACUAUACAAGCUUAUGGGUUCAUCAUCAAGCUCAGUAGUGAAAAGGACAGCAUACGCGUUAAUGGUCAGCUGACUUACAUUCCUGUUAAUUUGUUGCGUGGCAAGAUUGAGGUCUCUUACAAGGAAGGCAGAACUGUGCUGAAAACUGACUUUGGUAUGCAUGUAGUCUUCGACUGGAACUCCACAGUUCUUGUUACACUGGGCCCACACUACCAAGGCAAAGUUUAUGGGCUUUGUGGCAAUUUUAACGGUGAUCUUCGAGAUGAGUAUCCUGUAUCUACACCUGGUUCCCCUCCCAUUAAGACGAGUGUGGAGUUCGCAGAGUCUUACAAGCUCUUUGAUGGGGACCAUAACUGUUGCACUGGUUGUGAACUGGAUGAAGAGGCCUUACUAGCUGAUCCUGUGUCUGACAUCUCUAGUUACAGUAGACAGUGUGAAGUGCUCAUGGAUCAGAAUGGUCCGUUGGCCCACUGCCAUAGUCAUGUCGAUCCAUACUCCUUCUAUGAAAAUUGUGUAGUUGACCACAUUCUUAACACAGAGUUAAAAGUUGCUCUUGACCAAGCCAUAAAGUCUUACUCCAUAGUUUGUGAAGAAUACAGGGAUGGCUACUACAGUGAAGUGACAGUUGAUGUGCAUUGUCCUCCAAACAGCCACUACAAGACCUGUGGCACAGCCUGUCCUCCAUCCUGUGAAUUUAAUGCCACAUUCUGUAAUAAGAUCUGUGUUCAAGGCUGCUUCUGUAGCCCUGGCUUCAUCAGGAGUCCAGAAGGCUGUGUGCGUCCACAUCAAUGUGGCUGCAUAGGCUCCAGAGGCAAAUACCACAGCCUCAACUCAACUUUCUGGAUCCCAGACAACUGUGGUCAACUCUGUACUUGUGGACCAGUUGCUGGAGAGGUCCGCUGCCGUCCAGCCCAGUGCCCCAGAGGAAUGGUUUGCAAGCAGCUACAUCACAAGAGAGUUUGUCAACCUGAAAAACCCCAGAACUGUACCAUUGUUACUGGGCUGCAUUUUACAACCUUUGAUGGACAUCAUUUUGACUUUAGAGACAGUUGUGCAUAUUCAUUAGUUCAAACUAACUCCAACUUAACUGGUAUAACCCCCUUCAGUAUCACUAUAUCUGAUGCAAGUUGCUACAAAAGACUUUUUCAUAGCCUUACCUUAACACUCUCAGUCUAUGGUCUGGAAGUGGUGGUAAAAAAAGAUGGCCCAGGAGAGGUUUUGGUUGAUGGACUGUUUAAGUCUUUACCAUACUCUCACCAGAUGGGCCAUGUAAAUGUCUACCGCACACCUUCAUCGGUUGUCAUUCACACUGAUGUGGGAUUACAGCUGAUCGUCUAUAAUAGCGGUACUCUAAUGGUUAUCCUCCCCAGCAGUUAUGGCUCUUCUGUCUCUGGGCUUUGUGGGAAUGCCAACGGUGACCCUCAUGAUGACCAAAUGAUGUCCAAUGAAGAGCUUGCCAAAAAUACACUAGAGCUUGCCCACAGCUGGAGGACUCGUGGAGCAGAGACCUGUAGGUCCAAUUGUUCCUCUGGACAGAAGCGUUGUCAUAUUGAGGCACAGAGGCUUUUUGAAGGCAGUGAUUUUUGUGGGGUGUUGUUGAAUGAGCUAGGACCAUUUGCAGACUGUGCCUCAGUGUUGGAUCCCAAACCUUACUUCCACAGCUGUGUAGUCGAUUCCUGCUCUUUUGACGGACACUACUCAGCACUCUGCAAUUCUAUUGCAUCUUAUGCUGCUGCCUGCCAAGCAGCUCAGCUGCCUGUCAGACAGUGGAGGAGUGACACUUUCUGUGCAAACUGUAGUGGAGGUUGUGAGGAGGGCUGCCAGUGUGACACUGGCUAUGUCCUGAGUGAUGGCCAGUGUGUGCUGGUUUCUGACUGUGGCUGCAUGCAUGAGGGACAGUAUCACCCUGCUGGCCACUUCAACUCUGAGAAAAGCUGCCAAAAGUGCAACUGUAAAAGAGGAGAAGUGACCUGCAGCCCCAUGGAGAGCUGUUCAGUAAAGGAUGGCCUUGUCUUGCAGUAUGGGGUGUGCCAAGUGUUUGCUGGCUUUGGCUACAUCACAUUUGAUGGUGUUAUUCUGCCUCAUCAUGGUGCUUGUACAUAUGUAGUGUCAGCCCUCUCCUCUAAAGCCAUACAUGACUAUUCUCUGGUACUAAGCUUUAAAAAAGAUAGUAAUGGCAUUUUCAUAAUAAGCAGACUAGUAUUUCAUUUGCUUUCACUGGAAGUGUCUGUUGACCCCAAAACUCUAUGGAAAAUACAAGUAAAUGGAGAAGAACGCAGUGUGCCUUUUGACAAUGGAGAACUUGAAGCAUACCAAGUUGGCGACAGACUGAUUAUCAUCACACCAUCUGGGGUGGGAAUUGACUUGUCCUCUACCCAAUACCUCAGAUUAACUGUACCGCAGGUGUAUGACGCCACAGCUUUGGGCCUCUGUGGGAACUUCAAUGGGGACAAGUAUGAUGACUUGAAACUGAGAAAUGGCCAUCUUACUGAAAGCUUUGCAGAGCUCCUGCACAGCUGGGCAGUAGUGACUCCUGGACAGCAUUGCACUGACAUUUGUGGGAAGGAGUGUGAUGAUUGCAGCCUGUCCUCACAUGAAAGCAUGCUCUGUGAUGUCCUGUUGGACAGUAGUAUUGAAUUCAACCACUGCUGGAACAGUGGUAUAGAGCGUGAUAUUUACAGAGUUAUGUGCAUUAGGGCAGUUUGUGCUGGGGCUGGGCACAUCGCCGCCUGUUUAGCACUGGAAGCCUAUUCUGCAGCCUGCCAGGCUAAAGGAAUACCAGUAGGGUCAUGGAGAGAGAACACUCCUUGCUCUCUCCAGUGUCCUGACCAGAGCAGGCCAAGAGAGUGUGUUGACUCCAGCUCCAACUCAUGCCCCGCUCUGCUCCAGCCUGGUUCUUCAGCAACUGGCUGUUCGGAAGGAUGCCAGUGCAGCUAUGGCAAUGUGUUUGAUGGGAACGAGUGUGUACCUUACAGUCAGUGUGGUUGUGUUCUCAAUGAUAUAUACAUCAAGAUGGAUGAGCGACUGUACACUGAUGGCUGCGCCAAGAUAUGCUGGUGCCACACGUUGGGUGGGGUGAUAUGUGAAGAGGCAGUCUGCAACCCAGGGCAGCAGUGUGCUCUGAGGAACGGCUCCUGGGGUUGUCAUGAUGGAGCAGAAGUUUGUAAACUCUGGAACAGUCUCCAAAUCUCCACACUCAGUGGGCAGCAUUUGAGCUUGGAACCUGACUUAUCUUACAGUCUGAUGUCACUCUGCGAUGAGGCCAGUGUUCAGUGGUUCAGCCUGGUCUCUUACCAUGGACCUUGUGAUGGCAGCUUUUCCAGGCUUGUCACCGUGUUUCAGAUCCUCCUGCAUGGAUUAUCAGUUGCCAUACAGGAAGGCAUGGUGAAGGUGAAUGGACACUUUGUUUCCCUCCCUUACACCUUGUCGUCAGGGGUGUCCCUGUCAUCUGGUGUGACCCAGGACAAGUCAGAGGUAACAGUGAUCUUGAGGAGAGACACUGGGAUGGAGUCAGAGUUGGAGAUAGAGAUUGGUGUUACCAUGGUGACAGUCAAGGUCCCUUUCUGGUACUCAGGCAAAUUGUGUGGUCUCUGUGGAAACCUUAAUGACCUCCUCUCACACAGUUCAGUCAAGUCAGGGGUUCUCCCUGACUUUCCUGGCUGCAAGCUGGCAGGCUUCAGUGUAAGCCUCCAGUGCAUUGCACAGGAAAUGUCGAAGGCCACCUCCCAUGCAUAUGUCAUAUUUACAGUUCUCCAGGCUGUGCUCACAACGCUCACACCCACCCACACAGUCAUCUCUGCACAGAGCAUCUUUCACCAACCCUGGAACCUUCCAGCUGCUCCCAAAGGCCACAGCCCCAUCUGCCUGGGUGCCAGAGGGUGUAGUGAAAUCAUCAUUGGGGUUGCCAUUGAAGUUGCCACAGAGACCACAGGUCUUACCAGCAUAACUGCUGGACAGAGUGACCACAAGAUAGUGUUCCCAGUCAUAUCGGACAGUCCAUCUAGCGCUGGAUGGGCAGGGACGGAGUUUGCCCUGUCAUUCAUGCAGAAUUAUGCUCCACAUUACGAUAGUCCUCGCUUUCAGCUCUAUGUCACCGCUGUUCAAGCCAAUGCUAAAGUGACAGUCGAAGUGCGUCCCUUAAACUUCAGGCAAGAGAAAACUCUAAAUGCUGGAGAAGGGGUCACCAUCAGUCUCCCUACCAGUGUCGAGAUGUACGGCAGUGCGAGGUCUCCCAACACAGUGCACAUUGAAGCCUCAGCGGAUGUGACUGUAACCUCCUUCAGCUACAAGCAGUACACAGCAGACACCUCUGUGGUGUAUCCCACCACUGAGUGGGGUACAGAAUAUUUCAUCUUUACACCUGCUGGGACGCCCUUUGGCUCCUUUAAAGAAUUCUCUGUGACAAAUGGAAAACAGGCCAAUAAAGUAGAGAUUUUCCCACGAGGCUCAAUCAACUUCCAGGGUCGUGUUUAUGAGAGUGGCAGCCACAUGGUGAUAGAUCUCCAGCCAUAUGAGAGUGUCCAGCUCCAGAGCGAGAAUGAACUUUCCGGCACUAGAGUCGCCUCUCAGCACCCUGUUGCUGUUUUCACGGGUCACACUUGCACCUGGCGCUUCUCAAAAUGCAACCAUGUUUACGAGCAGCUACUGCCAGUGAGCAGGUGGGGCUCCAGCUUCAUUGUGCCUCCCCUGCAUUUCCAGAAGAAAUUUGACAGCCUAUUCCUCCAGGCCUCCCAGCCCACCCGAGUCACCAUCCAAUAUGGCAAGCAUGAAGAUGCUUUGAGUUUGAUCAGGGGGCAGGUAAUGGAAAUCCACUACCAUGAUCCUGAGACACUGUCCAUUCAGGCUGAUCAUGGCAUCCAGGUCCUCCUGCUCUUCAACGGCAUCUCAUUUGGCUGGAUCCAGUACUACGACCCUUUCUUGAUGACCAUCCUGCCUACAGACCGUUUCUGCUCCUCGUAUGCACUAAGUGCUCUUGAUGACUUUGAAAACAAAGCCCUGAUUGUGGCACAGACAAGUGCAAUGGCAGAGCUGCGUAUUGAUGGUGCGAACCUACCCAAAGAUGUUCAGUGGAAAAAGGUUGCAGGGACAGACUUCUCUUGGGCAGAGAUGUCCUACAAACAAGCCCCUGGCAGCAACAGACACAUUGUGUCCAGCUCUGGUUCCAGCUUUGCUGUCUACAGUAUAGGAGUCAGCCAGAUGAAUGGUUACGGUGCCCCAGCACCAUGUAUGAAGCCAGUAUCUUUGUCCUGCAGCAGUAUCACCUGCAGUGCCAGUGAGGUGUGUGAGAUGAAGGGAGGGUAUCCUUCCUGUGUCCCCAAGCCAGUGGAAAGCAAACCUGGUACCUGCUGGGCCAUGGGAGAUCCUCAUUACCGUACCUUUGAUGGUCGACACUAUAACUUCAUGGGUACCUGCACAUACGUCAUUGCUAAAAACUGUGGAAAGGAUGAUCUCCCAGCCUUUGAGAUCCUUGCCCAGAACGAGAACAGAGGAAGCCUCAGGGUGUCUUAUGUCGCCCUGGUCACAGUGAAGGUGUAUGGCAUCACCAUCACAGUAGUUCGGUCUGAAACAGGUCGUGUGAGGAUUGACAACAGUCUGUGGAGUUUGCCAGUAACCUUGAACAAUGACAAACUGAAAAUGUUUCAGAGCGGUCACUCUGUGGUCAUUGAGACCGACUUUGGCCUUACUGUCCGAUAUGACUGGGAACACUAUCUUGUGGUCACUCUGUCCAGCAGUUAUGCUGGUAAGACCUGUGGUCUCUGUGGCAACUUCAAUGGCAACCCCAAUGAUGAUUUCACUACACCCUCUGGCACCCAGGCAGAUGGGGCUGUGGCCUUUGGGAGCAGCUGGAAGGUUCCAGGGUUGGUGAAAGAUGCUCUGUGCAGAGAUGACUGUGUGGGUGGGUGUGAGCGUUGUGAGCACAGCCUGAUGAAGAUGUGGGAGGGUGACUUGUUUUGUGGGCUGAUCACACGUAUAGUAAAUGGGCCAUUCAGCAAAUGUCAUGCCAUCAUUGACCCACAAGCUUACCUGGAGAACUGUAAAUAUGACAUAUGCAUGGGAGGUGGCCUUCGACAUUUCCUGUGCAAUGCACUGGAGGCUUACACUGAAGCCUGCCAGCUUGCUGGGAUCCAGGUUCAAGAUUGGAGGAAGAUGGCAAAAUGCCGUCUUGAAUGUCCAGCCAACAGCCACUAUGAGCACUGUGGCAAUGCCUGUCCUGCCACUUGUUCUGAUCCUGAUGCUCCCUCCAAAUGCAAACGCCCCUGUGUGAUGACCUGCACCUGUAACGCAGGCUUUGUUUGGAGCGGAGGUCAGUGUGUGCCUGCCGCUCAGUGUGGUUGUACCUACGAGGGUCGAUACAUCCCUGCUGGGGAGUCAUUCUGGGCUGACCAGGGCUGUCAGAAAUGGUGUAAAUGCAUUGCUGGAAGCAGACUGGUGGAGUGCCAGAAUAAAGGCUGUGGGGCAGGACAGCAGUGCAAGGUGGUUGACGGUAUAAGAAAGUGCCAAGCUCUCUCCUAUAGCACCUGCCAGGCCACAGGUGAUCCCCACUACAUGACCUUUGAUAAGACGAGGUUUGACUUCCAGGGAACAUGUGUCUACCAACUGGUUUCACUCUGCUCCAACAACCCGGAGCUAGUGCCCUUUGAGGUGCUGGUGCAGAAUGAUCACCGGGGCAGCAAGGUGGUUUCCUACACCAAGUUAGUCGAGGUCAAGGUGUAUUCCCUCAGCAUUGUCAUUACGAGGACACACAAGGGCCUGAUUAUGGUGAAUAAUGAGCUGGUCAAUCUGCCUGUGACCCUGGCUGGAGGGCAGGUAUCUGUAUAUAAGAGUGGCUGGUAUGCUCUCCUCACCACAAACUUUGGCCUUGAAGUCUCCUUCAACUGGGAAAAUGCUGUGUUUGUUACACUUCCAAGCAACUACAUGGGAGCCGUUUGCGGCCUCUGUGGCAACUACAACGGCAAAGGCCAGGAUGACCUGAUUCCAAAGAACGGUGACAAAGCUGUCUCACCAGCAGCUUUUGGUGCCAGCUGGCGAGUGGCCGAGAUCCCGGGCUGUGUCGAGGGCUGUAAAGGGGCGUGUCCGGACUGUGACAUUACCCAGAAGGUUCAGUACGAAAAAGGAGACUUCUGUGGUAUACUGAGAGACCCCAAUGGGCCAUUCCGUGGCUGCCAUGCUAAGGUGGACCCAGCUGGUUACUUUAAAGACUGUGUUUAUGAUGUUUGCCUGUAUAAAGGCAGGAAGGAUGUGCUGUGUCAGGCUAUUACCUCAUACACAUCUGCCUGCCAGGCUGCGGGGGCCAAGGUGUACAGCUGGAGAACUAGUCAGUUGUGUGCGGUGAAAUGUCCAGUCAACAGCCACUAUGAAGUUUGUGCGACUGGCUGUCCUGCCACUUGCAAAAGUCUGGCCCCACCUUCAGGCUGCAAGGCUCAAUGUAAGGAGGGCUGUUCCUGUGAUGACGGGUACAUCCUCAGCGGAGAUGUAUGUGUUCCCUUCUCACAGUGUGGCUGCCUCUACAACGGCCGCUACUACCACAUCGGCCAAGUGUUUUAUCCCAACGGGCAAUGUCAGGAGGAGUGCAAAUGCACACAAGAUGGAGAGGUUGAAUGUCAGAAGUUCUCAUGUGGCCCUAAUGAGAAGUGUAAAGUAGAGAAUGGCGUCCAAAAAUGUCACCCUGUUGGUAAGGGUGUUUGCCACGCCUCUGGUGACCCCCACUACCGCUCUUUUGAUGGGCGACUAUUUGAUUUCCAGGGCACCUGCACCUACACACUGUCUAAGAGCUGUGGGCUGGAAGGCACCCACCUGGUGGCCUUCUCUGUUGAGGUGGAGAACGUGCAGUGGAACCAGAUGGUGAACAACAAAGUGGUGUCUGUCACUAAGCUGGUUGCUGUGAAGGUCUAUGGCUUCACUCUCAUCAUGCGGAACAGCAUGUUUGGAGUCCUGGUAAAUGGAGUGUUUAACUAUCUUCCUGUGAAUCUGGAUAAUGGAGCUGUGCUGGUCUAUCAAGAAGGCCAGCAUUAUGUUAUUGCAACAAAUUUCGGACUGCUGGUGACUUAUGACCUGAUCUACCAUGUGACAGUCACAGUACCUGGCAAUUACCGUGGUAAGGUCUGUGGCCUGUGUGGUAACUUCAACGGUAACCAAAAAGAUGACUUCCAAACGCCCAAGCGCCAGCUCACCAACAACGUGAAUGUGUUUGGAACGUCAUGGAAGGUCACCAUCCCUGGGGUGGUGUGUAAAAAUGGCUGUGAAGGCAAUUACUGUCCUAAAUGUGAGCCAGCUCGGAAGGCCGUGUUUUCAAAGUCCACUUACUGUGGUGUUGUUACAGCACCCAAAGGUCCUUUUGCAGUCUGCCAUAGUAAACUGGACCCAGAGCCAUACUUUGAAGACUGUGUGUUUGAUGUGUGUGCUUCCAAUGGGGAUGGAAAGGUGCUGUGCAACAGCAUAGCGGCCUAUGCUUUCAACUGUCACAUGGCAGGAGUGGACGUCAAAAACUGGAGGACGGCUUCAUUCUGCCCCAUGAAAUGUCCAGCCAACAGUCACUAUGAGGUGUGUGCAGACACGUGCUCUGCAUCCUGCCCAGGCCUCACAGAGAUAGUCCAGUGCUCCACCAGCUGUACAGAAGGCUGUGAAUGUGAUGAUGGCUUCUUAUUCAAUGGACAGAUAUGUGUUAAAGAGACUGAGUGUGGCUGCUAUGACAAUGGGAAAACUUACAGGCCUGGUGAGGUUGUGUAUGAGGAAGACUGUAACACAAAGUGCACCUGUAAUCCAGCAACAGGCCUCGUCUGUCAAAAGCACUCCUGCCCUCAAAGCACCAAGUGCAUGAUCAAGAAAGGAAAACGUGCAUGCUACAAUAUAGAUCCCUGCAAAGAUGCCAAUUGCCGGGUCAAGGAGACGUGCCGGGUUGAGAAGGGUGAAGCUGUGUGCAUCCCCAACUACACAGGCAUCUGCUGGGCCUGGGGUGACCCCCACUACCACACAUUCGAUGGUUACAACUAUAACUUCCAGGGCACCUGCAAGUACGUCAUCUCCAAGACCUGCGGGAAUCUGGAUGGUCUUGUGCCAUUCUCAAUCACAGAGAGGAAUGAUAACAGAGGAAGCACAGCAGUUUCCUACGUCAGGGAGGUAGAUGUGUCUGUAUAUGGGUACAGCAUCUUCAUAGGCAAGAACCAAAUUGGUCGAGUCACGGUGGACGGGGAACUGCUGAAUCUUCCAGUACGACUGGGUGACGGUGAAGUGUCAGUGAUUCAAAGUGGUCAUACUGCAAUGGUGCAGACGAACUUUGGCCUGGUUGUCAGCUAUGACUGGAACUGGGAACUGGUCAUUCAGCUGCCCAGCAGCUACUUCGGCAGUGUCUGUGGUCUGUGUGGCAACUUCAAUGGCAACAUCGGUGAUGAGUUCCAGAAUCCUGCUGGAAAAGCUGUCUCGUCAGUGAUAGAGUGGGGCAAGAGCUGGCAAACGCCUGACCAGGACAAGGACCAUCCUUGCUGGGACACAUGCGAGACAAACUGUGCUACCUGUGAUGAUAAGCAGGCUAAGCUCUAUGAGACUGAGGCUUUCUGUGGGGCUCUCACAGCCAAGACCAAUAGUGUGUUCCAGAGAUGUCAUGGAAAAUUGGACCCCAAGGCCUUCAUGGACAGCUGUGUGUAUGAUAUGUGUCAGAAUAAGGGAGACAAGAGGAUGCUGUGCCAGGCAUUGGCCUCCUACAGUAGGCAGUGUCGUGAGGGAGGGAUAAUAAUCAAGAACUGGAGGAAAAAGUUUGGCUGUCCAAUGAACUGUCAGCGUCACAGCCACUAUGAAGAGUGUGCCAGCCCGUGCCAACCAUCCUGCCCGUUCCCUGAACAAAAGCAGGCCUGCAACGGUGCCUGUGUUGAGACCUGUGUGUGUGAUGCGGGGUAUGUCCUCAGCGCUGGUGUCUGUGUACCUGCUAAAACAUGUGGUUGCUCCUACCAGGGUCGCUAUUACAAGCCAGGCCAGCACUUCUGGGCCGAUGAGGCUUGUGGUCGCCUAUGUGAAUGCGAUGCGACCCUGGGCAUGGUGACAUGCCGUGAGGCAUCCUGCUCUGGCAAAGAAAGGUGCACCAUAGAGGAUGGAGAGCGCGCCUGCCGACCCAUCAGUCACGCCACAUGCACAGCUUCAGGUGACCCACACUACCGCACUUUUGAUGGCCGCAGGUAUGACUUCCAGGGAACAUGUGUAUAUCAGCUGGUGGGACUGUGUUCUCAGCAGCCUGGGCUAGUGCCGUUCAAGGUGACUGUGCAGAACGACCACCGGGGAAGCAAAGCUGUGUCCUACACAAGGACCGUCACGUUUUCCAUAUAUGGAAUCACCCUCACCAUCAGCAGAGAAUACCCCUACAUGGUCCUGUUCAAUGGGCAGCGUGCUUUGUUGCCACUGGAGUACAAUAAUGAGCUGGUGGUGUUUCUCAGUGGCUGGACAGCUGUUGUGGAGACAGCUGUUGGUAUCACCGUGACCUUUGACUGGCGGAGCACGGUGAGCGUAACUCUGCCCAGCAACUACCAGGGUGCAGUCUGCGGUUUGUGUGGCAACUACAACGGAAACGCUAAGGAUGACCUGACCAUGCGGAAUGGCCAGAUUGCCCCUGACGGAGUCAAGCUGGGGGAGAGCUGGCAGGUGGCCCUCGUACCAGGCUGUUCAUCAGUCUGUCAGGGGGCGUAUUGCCAGGCCUGUUCAGACUCCCAGAAGAAAGAGUACCAAGCCCAGAAGUACUGCGGUAUUAUCGCUGACAAAGCAGGGCCUUUCAGAGAUUGUCACAGCCAUGUGGACCCUGCCCUUUACCUGGAGGACUGUGUGUAUGAUGCCUGUCAUUAUCAUGGCCACCGUGGAUCAGUCUGUGAUGCAGUGGGAGUGUAUGUCUCUGCCUGUCAGAGCAGAGGAAUCACCAUCCACUCCUGGAGAACAGAAACCUUCUGUCCAAUGUUGUGUCCAGCGAACAGCCAUUAUACCCUGUGUGCCACGGGUUGCCCAGCCAGCUGCGCCAGCUUAACGUCCCAUGCCACCUGUCACAGGCAUUGCACAGAAGCCUGCGAGUGUGACGAAGGCUACCUGCUGAGUGGGGGUACCUGCAUGCCCGUGAGAGACUGUGGCUGCUCAUACGGCGGUCAGUACUACAGGAAGGGAGACGUCUUCUACCCUGAAAGCGAGUGUGUGGCACAAUGCAUCUGUGGAGAGAACGGCGCGGUAUCUUGCCAGAAGGCCAAGUGCCGAACAGGGGAGAUCUGUAAGCUCGUAAAGGGAGUGAAAGGCUGCCACCCUGAGGGGCAAGGCAAGUGUGUCGCUUCUGGUGACCCUCAUUACAUUUCCUUUGAUGGACGGAGAUUUGAUUUCCAGGGUACCUGUGUCUAUGUAUUGGCCAAAGUUUGCAAUGAUGACAAUGGCCAGCUGACUCCAUUCACUGUAACUCAGGGGAAUGAGAAGUAUGGAAAUGGAAAAGUGGCUGUUACCAAGUCGGUUACAGUAGCAGUCUAUGGUUUUGUCAUUUACAUCCAGCAGGGAAUGCCAUGGAAAGUUAUUGUGGAUGAUGAACUUCUAAACCUCCCUCUCUCCCUGGACGAUGGGCGUCUUAGAGUCACCCAGGAAGGUCGCAACAUAAUUGUCCGAACAGACUUUGGACUGACAGUCCUCUAUGACACUGUCUAUUAUGUUGAGGUGAUCGUGCCUUCUACAUACCAGGGUAAGAUGUGUGGUCUCUGUGGCAACUACAACAAGAAGGGUGGCGAUGACUUCAUACUACCUGGUGGCAAACAAACAAAAAGUGUUGAUGACUUUGGGAAGGCGUGGGUGGUGGACCUGCCUGGGUACGUGUGUGGUGGCUGUGGAGGACAGUGCCCAGUGUGUGAGCAGGCCAAGGCUGCAUUGUACGGAAAACCUGACUCCUGCGGCAUCAUAAGUGCACGUAAUGGGCCUUUCAAAGCCUGCCACAGUAAAGUCGACCCAGCAGCAUAUGUUUCUCAUUGUGUGUUUGAUGUGUGUGCUGUGGAUGGCAAGAAAGAUACUCUGUGUAACAGUGUGCAGGCCUAUGCUUUGGCCUGCCAAAGUGCAGGUGUUCAAAUCCAGCCAUGGAGGAGCAGCUCCUUCUGCCCUGCUUCCUGCCCUCCACACAGUCACUAUGAGGUGUGUGCCGACACCUGUGGCGGGACCUGUGCCAGCUUUAUUUACCCAUUUUCCUGUUCUGAAAGCUGUUUUGAAGGAUGUCAAUGUGAUGCCGGCUUUGUAUUCGAUGGCAUCCAGUGUGUUUCCUUGGACAACUGUGGGUGUGUGUACGACGGCAAAUAUCUGACGGUGGGCCAAGCAGUGGUGGACAAAGACUGUAAGUCCAAGUGUGUGUGCCAGGCCUCUGGUGUGGUGAAGUGUGAAAAGCUGUCCUGUGCCAGUCGGGAGGUUUGUGGUGUAAGAGAUGGAGUCAGAGGUUGCCAGGCCAAACAGGGCCACUGCAGCAUCAACCAAGUUGGCCACCUCAGCUCCUUUGACGGCAUGUCUGGAACCAUGGGAGCUCAAGGGGCAUUUGAAGUGGCAUCUCUGUGUGAUGAGACCGCUGAGCUGUGGUUCCGUGUGGUUGUGGACGUCAGGGUCUGCAGUAAAGGGGCAUCUCCAGUUGUUGCCACCGUGUAUGUGUUCUUCAAGGAAACCAUCGUCACAGUGAACAGCCAACACGUGACCUGGGUAAAUGGCAGGAAAGUGUCUCUUCCCAGCGAAGUGACGCAUGAACUAUCCGUCAAAAUCUCAGAGAAGACUGUGAUCAUCGAGAGGGCAUCCUCUGUGCGGGUCACCUACUCAGUCUCACAGGAGGUCAGCGUCGUUGUUGACAGCACCCUGUCCGGUAAAAUGUGCGGCGCCUGUGGCAACUACAAUAACAACUCCAAAGAUGAUAUGAAGACUGCAGGUGGGAAAAUUACCACUGAUGUGUCUGUGGUUGUCGGCUCCUGGAGCGCUGGGGACUUUUCUAGAUGUGGCCUGUAG